AUGUCUCCAGCCAACAACAUCUUUCAGCUACCACAAGAACUGGUGGAAAAAAUACUGGAUGACGUCGCACUCGAAUGUUUCAGGGAUGGCGACGGCAAGCUCAACGAUCUCAAAGCUUGUUCCUUGGUUUCCAAACGUUUCUGUACUCGCUCCCGUCACCACAUGUUCUCUUAUAUACUAUUCACUUUGGACGAGCAUGGGCAGAGGCGUGCCGCAAAACUUCUGGACAUCCUUCGCCAAAACCCAUCGCUUGCUCAUGUUGUGACUCAUCAUCUCCAUACAUUCGGCCUGAUCAGUAAUGAUGAUUUUACCCAGCUAGAGCUGCGUAAAUCUUGUAUACCGGGCAUUGAUGAAUCGUUUGAAAGGCUCCGGCAACAGGUAGCGUCAUUUUUUAAUCGGAAAAAUAAUGUUUACGACCUGCUUGGAUUGAUAAACCAAGCGCCGAUUGUUCACUUCAGCCUAGGGGGGUGGUGUCUUUUUAACAAUAAAUCCACAAUCAAUAAAUCCCAGGUCAUCGAUAGCGCUCUUCGCAUCAUCAAAAGCCCAUCUAUCAGAUCUUUGCGAUUCAGUGAACUCUUUAUUCUGCCGCCAAAGCUUGUUUACCAUGCCCUUGUUUCUUCCCAAUUGAGAGAACUAUCCUUCCGAAGAAUACCGUCUAUGCCUCGAGAAACUGAGGCCACCGACCCUAUAGAAGGUCUUCAGAUUGCGCCAAAUCUACAAAGAUUGGAGCUAAAACGGGUGUACUACUUUGAAUUCCUGUCUCUUAUACUCGCUUUGGCACAGGGCGGCGGGGCAAAAACUAUAACAACAUUCCCAAUUUUCCGUCAUCUUCACACUCUUGUUGUCACCAUCAACAGCUCUCAUGGCGAAAUGGAAUCCUUGUGGACUCUGUUGCUGGGGGUGGCUCCUUCUUUAGAGACUCUGGAUAUACAGCACACGGGACGUCUAGGAAACCCAUGGCCGGACACCCCUAUCAAUCAUGAUAUCGACUCUAUACGAGGGCUAUAUCACCGACCUCCUCCUAUCGGCCUCCAGUCCGAUCAUCUUGGAAUCGAUAGAAAUUAA